GUGUAGUAAUGGGCUAGUCAGAAUGACUAUUGCUUUUCACAUUAGCUCUAUUCAAUUCAUCUGGAACAUUUCACAGUAGCCAGGUAGAGUGGAAGGCUAAUACACUUUCUAUCAUCACUCGGUAAGUUUUAUUACACUUCUUUUCACCAUUCAGGUUAAGAUUGCAAUCAGUCGCGACUAUAAAGAGCUAGCCGUAGAAAGCAACAAGCGCCCUGCGUCAGUGUCGUCUUUGCCGCUGCCACCUCUGUAUUUAGCCUCCAAGUCUCAGAAAACCUGUAGAAUGUUGCCAUAAAAUACAGUCGACAGCUACAACAUAGCUUUUCUAAUAAGCUUACUGUCAGGACUAAAAACAAAGGGUCGUCCAGUUCCUGCGAUGGCUGAAUUGAUAGCUGAUUCCACUGAUCCAAACUUCGUCUAAGAAUUUCAGUUAUAACCACCGUCAAUCUAAAUCUGUGCAACAAAUAAAAACUGCCUCAGGGUCAAGUUCUCUGAAAAUCUGAAGCGGAAUUCAAUAAAUGCCACGGCGGUUUUGCAUAACUGCUUCAAAUCCAUCAAUUUCCGAUCCCCUCUGAACUAUUCGUUUAGAAUUGGGUUACACAUCGGUAAUUGAAAUAUAUUGUAAAUCAUUGACGGUAAUUUUACAUUCGGCGAGCGCGAAACAAAAGAAUGAGCGAAGCGAUCGGGGCGGUUUUCGAUUUAUUUGAUUGAAGUAGUAUAGGCCACAACUUGCACAACAACUUUAUUGACCCUAAUACUGAAGAAAUUUAAAUUAACAGGAACAUGAACAUGGGGGUUUAAGCGCAUCAUGCCAAAAAAUGGUUUCAAAGAUUGUACUAAUCUGGUCUAAUCUGAUGAUACCAGCACAUGGCUCCAUCCAGGCAAAGCUUGCGCGGCAGCGCAGAAUAUAGAGAGCGUUUGCAAAGCUAAAACAGAUCUGUUUCGAGCAAGGGAUUGGGGAAGUGACUAGGCCAAGUGAAGCUAAUCCGCAGCGAUGAAGCGAUUUAUUAUGGUCGCCGUGCAUGAAUUUUGUGCAUGGUAAUGAGUCUAAGAGCGUGUUUCCGAAUUAGAAACGAUCCUGGUCUAAGCCGUCAGAUUUUUGUAAAGAUAUUUAAACUAUAUGUUUCUCCAAAAUGUUUCUAAUGCAUUAGAAUCGUGAUAGCAGCCUGAGACCAUUGCGUGAUCACACUAUAUGUUUUCCAAUUUUUUUUUUUAAAUGCAUUAGCAUCAUAAUAGCAGCAUGAGAGCAUUGCGUGGCAUACAGUAAGUGCACAUGGCAGCGUUUCCCCCUUACCGACGAGUCAUCUAAUCCAUAAAUUUAUUAAUAGGGCUUCUGAUGCAUCAGAAACUCAUUGUCUGGUGUAUCGGGCAAUGAUUACAUAUUACAUAUUCUUUCGAAUGUAUGAUAUGGUCAGCCGAGCGAAGAUUUUCGGAAAGACCGAAUGACAUUCUCAGAAAAACAAGAAGUGGGACUUUCCCUCGGAAAUGCGUCAUCCAAAAGUCAUGAGACUGUCUUAUGACUUUUUCAAACAAUCAAAACGUCACUUUGGCCGUGUUUUCAGGACAGCUGUUGGUGUUUUGUUUACAGACCCCGUUAAGCGAGUUAAGAAUGAUAGGUAUUUUCACGAGUAAGCUGAUAUUUCAUUGACGUAAUUUGAGUAGAGCAGCCUGGCGAGUAAAUCAGUUUGAAUAACAUGGCGGGAGAUUCAAACGAAACUUGUAUUAACGUUUUUCUUCUUAUAAUUACUGUAUUUAUGUGACUAGUUUGCGUCGGACGAAGGAAACGAUUUCAGCAAAGGCUGAAAUUGUUUAUAUUUAGAGGCAGGAAAAUUAUGGCUCGAGGACUUGAUUUAAAAUCAGUGCAAAGAAAGCACUUGGCGCGAGCAUUUCGAUAUCUCUAGGCAAACAUUCCAUUUUAUUUGUCUGAGGACAUCUGCAGAAUCGAUUUUCGACAUCUGACCUAACUGGCUAAUGUUCUCCAAGAAAAUCAAAAUUCAGCUAUGAACAAAUGCAGUGUGAACUGGUAGUGUCUCUCUAUAGUCAAAGAAGAAAUUUGAAAAACAAAACUUAUGUCUUACUUGAACAUUUGAGACAGAACAUACAAUAUGACUAUACAUAACAAUAGGCCAAUUUGGAUGUAUCAAAAUUUUGAUAAAUUUCUUCUUUUUUUUACUGUAAAUAUAACGUAAUUCAACCCUUGGGUUGCAAAGUUGUAUCCAAUAAACUAUCUAUCUAUCUAUCUAUCUAUCUAUCUAUCUAUCUAUCUAUCUAUCUUGAUAUGGCUGCGAGGCUUAGGGGACUAAAACUGAAAAGAAACUAUUUUGGGGUAAUGCAAUAAAUCAACAAUUUCUUUUGAUUUAGUAGUCCCAAAGCCUUGGUGCCAUGUUAAAAUUUUUCAACAUUGCCAUGUUGUUGAUUUCAAAGUAUUCCCAAAAAAAUUGCAAUAAACAUAGAUUACUUCAUGGUUGGUGAGCCCGUACAAUUUUUGCGUCUAUUGCGCAUA